AUCUGUAGUGACAUACAGGUCUUUUUAUGGCAUUCUGACUGUUGCCCCAGAGCUUUACAUGGUUGUAAUGUUUUUUUCCUUAAAUGUACUACAUUGCCUUUAUCAUUGUUAAAAUUUACUGGCUGCUUUCCACCCUAUUUGUUCAAAAUUUCCCGUGUGAUCUUCCCAUAAGUUUGGCUCAUCACUACCCGGAGUUUGGUGCCUUAUUUCUAUUAUUAUUAUUAUUAUUAUUAUUAUUAUUAUUAAUUUUGGCUAUCACUUAUUUGCAAGGAAGGGACAACAUUUAGUACUUGAGGUGCAUUUUUUCAUUUUUUUUUCCUAGGCUUCUCUGUCAGACCGAGGGAAUCAGAAUCUCUAGGAAGAGGAGUGUGGAGACUCUUAAAAACCAAGACACUUUGAAAAAAAGCUGCAUUGCUUCCUCAAAGCUCCAAAUUAUCCUUUGAGUAGGAGCCAAUGUUUUCCUCAUUUUACAAGUGAGGAAACUGAGGCACAGAAAGGAGAAACAUUCAAGAGUGGACACCCUGAUAUCCUGAGCCAAGAUGGGGGUGACUGACCACUCAUUCAUCCAGUGUCUCCAUCUCUGUUUUGUCUUUGAACUCAUCGUCAGCCCCACAGUUAUGGGGGCAUGAAGACGCCUUAAACAGCCUUCUUCAGAGAAAGGAAAGGCAGCAGCAUGGCCAGCGUGCUGUCCCGGCGCCUUGGUAAGCGGUCCCUCCUGGGAGCCCGGGUGUUGGGGCCCCCUGGGGCAGCCCCAUCCUCGGAGCCUCAGACUGAGCUGCUGGAAGGGGCGGCUACCCAGCCCUUCCUCGCCUCUAAGGACACUUCCUGCCGGGAGCAGCCCAAGGAGAUCCUCAAGGCUCCUGGCCCCUCGGGCCUCCAGCAGGUGGCCUUUCAACCUGGGCAGAAGGUUUAUGUGUGGUACGGGGGUCAAGAGUGCACAGGACUAGUGGAGCAACAUAGUUGGGCAGAGGACAAGGUGACUGUCUGGCUUUUGGAUCAGAAGUUACAAAUCUGCUGUAAAGCGGAGGAGGUGUGGCUGGCUGAGCUGCAGGGCCCCAUUCCCCAGGCACCAGCCUAUAGGCCUGUCUCCAGGAACAUUGAUGUCCCAAAGAGGAAGUCGGAUGCAGUGGAAAUGGAUGAGAUGAUGGCGGCCAUGGUGCUGACGUCCCUGUCCUGCAGUCCAGUCGUGCAGAGCCCUCCUGGGGCUGAGGCCAACUUCUCCGUUUCCCGCGCGGCCUGUGAUCCUUGGAAGGAAAGCGGUGAUGUGUCGGACAGUGGCAGCAGCACCACCAGCGGGCACUGGAGCGCGAGCAGUGGCAUUUCUACGCCCUCACCUCCCCACCCCCAGGCCAGCCCCAAGUAUUUGGGGGAUGCCUUUGGUUCUCCCCAAACUGAUAACGGAUUUGAGACCGAUCCGGAUGCUUUCCUGUUGGAUGAACCAGCUCCACGCAAAAGAAAGAACUCUGUGAAGGUGAUGUACAAGUGCCUGUGGCCAAACUGUGGCAAAGUUCUGCGCUCAAUUGUGGGCAUCAAACGACACGUCAAAGCCCUCCACCUGGGAGACACUGUGGACUCUGACCAGUUCAAGCGGGAGGAGGAUUUCUACUACACAGAGGUGCAGAUGAAGGAGGAAGCUGCCGCUGGUGCCCCCACAGCUGACCCAGCCCCAACCCCCAGCAUGACCAGCCCGCCCCUUGCUCUCCUCCCACCACCUCCUCCCAAAACCCAGUCCUCAGGCCCAGAACACCCUGGCCUGGAGUCUUAUCUGCCCUCUGGUGCUCUCAGCAAGUCAGCUCCUGGCUCCUUCUGGCACAUUCAGGCCGACCAUGCAUACCAGGCUCUGCCAUCUUUCCAGAUUCCUGUGUCGCCACACAUCUACACCAGUAUUAGCUGGGCUGCUGCCCCCUCCACGGCCUCCUCCCUCUCUCCGGUCCGGAGCAGGUCACUAAGCUUCAGCGAGCCCCAGCAGCCUCCACCUGCAAUGAAAUCCCACCUGAUUGUUACUUCUCCACCCCGGGCCCAGAGCAGCGCCAGGAAAGCCCGUGGGGAGGCUAAGAAGUGCCGCAAAGUGUAUGGCAUCGAGCACCGGGACCAGUGGUGCACGGCCUGCCGCUGGAAGAAGGCCUGCCAGCGUUUCCUGGACUGA